AGGGCCCAACUUCAUCAGCGCCGUCCCUCGAUUGACAUUUCUUCUCUAAAAACAUUGCUCUCACUCGUUCCUCCUUGAACGAGUGGUUCACAACCUCAAGCAAAAUAUUGAAAAGCCAUGCAAGUCCCGACCCUAGUCGUCCCAGCCUUAGCUCUCCUCCUCGUCCUCGCCUUCAUCAAACUACUCAAACUCAAAACCGCCCGCCGGAACCUCCCGCCGGGGAGCUUUGGAUGGCCGAUCAUCGGUGAGAGCCUCGAGUUCCUCCGUUGCCAACGUGGCGGGCACCCAGAGAAGUUCAUCCAGGACCGGAUGAGCAAGUACGACUCCCCCGUGUUCAAGACAUCUGUGCUCGGGGAGCCGAUAGCCAUCCUAUGCGGGCCGGCAGGGAAUAAGUUCCUGUUCUCGAACGAGGGCAAGAAGGUGGCGCUGUGGUGGCCGAGCUCCGUCGAGAAGGUGUUGGGGAGGUGCCUCGUCUCCAAGGCCGGCCACGAGGCGAGGUCAGACAAGAAGAUGCUCAUGAGCUUCUUCAAUCCAGAGGCGCUCAUGAGGAGCGUUGGGGUCAUCGAUGAGAUGACCAAGGCCCAUCUCAGGACUCACUGGGAAGGCAAAGAUCAGCUGGAGGCCUACUCCAUCCUGAAGCAGCACACCUUCGACCUCGCGUGCCGGCAGUUCAUGGCCAUCACAGACCCGCAGCUCGUCUCGAGGCUUGCCGACCACUUCCACGUGUUCCUCAGGGGAGUUGUCGACCUCCCCCUCAACGUCCCAGGCACGAACUUUUACCGGUCGAAGAAAGCAGCCGAUUCCAUCAGGAAGGAGCUCCGGGUGCUGGUGAAGCAGCGCCGGGCGGAGCUGGAGAAGAAGACGGCGUCCCCUUCGCAAGACAUCAUCACGCACCUACUCGCGAACGGGGAUGAGAACGGGAAGCUCAUGCCAGAGGCGGAGAUCAUAAACAAUGUGCUGAGCCUCCUAUUCGCGGGCCACGAUACGUCCACUUCGACCCUAGUGUUCAUCAUCAAGUACCUGAGUGAGCUGCCUCAUGUACUUGAGAAGGUCGUUGCCGAGCAAAGGGAAAUCGCGGCAUCGAAGGCAAGAGGAGAGCUUCUUCACUGGGGCGAUUUGCAGAAGAUGAGAUACUCGUGGAAUGUCAUCUCAGAAGUCAUGAGGAUGACGGCGCCGGUGUACGGUGCUUUCCGCGAGGCCCUGGUUGAUUUCACGUAUGAAGGAUACACUAUUCCCAAAGGCUGGAAGUUGCACUGGAGCGCAUGCUCAACGCACAGAGACCCGGACUACUACCCGAGAUCGCUCACCUUCGACGAGUCGAGAUUCGAGGGAUCCGGGCCUGCUCCAUAUACAUACGUCCCAUUCGGAGGCGGGCCGAGGAUGUGUCUUGGGCUCGAGUUCGCGCGGGCAGAGCUACUCGUGUUCCUGCACAAUCUCGUCGAUGGAUUUCAGUGGAGUCUGGUCCAUCCCGACGAAAAAAUAAUCUACCACCUCAUGCCUAUACCGGCGAAAGGGCUUCCCAUCCGUCUUCGGCCUCGUGACUAGCUUCUUCGUUCCUUCUUCUAUGGGAGAUUAGCCACCUGAUGCCGAUGUAGUACUUAAUAAUCAAUAAGCUACUUGCUUGUUUCUGCCAUACUAUGAAGCCCGAACGCUUGGCGUCCGAGAAUAAUCGGGAAGUCCCUUAAUGUUUGUGUAUCUUACAUUUCUGAGAGCUUUCAUUCCGAUUGAUUCCCAUCGAUUAAGCUCUCUAUGCUUGGAAUAAAGGGUUUUGCUAGUAUAACAGUUUUUAAGCUACCAUGAGAAUAACUGUUUAGAGACACAAAUUCAUAAAGAAAUGAACUUCACAAUAAUUUAUAA